GGCGCGGAGGGGAAGCCGCGGCCGGGGCGCGCCAUGGACUCGGCGCCGGACCUGGGGCCGGACCUGGGGCUCGGGGACUCGUCCCUGCACCGCUACCUGGACGGCAAGUUCUGGGGCCUCAAGAACGAACUGAGCAGGCUCCUGGGCGGCUGCCCGCUCUUCCGGCACAGGUAUGACUUAAGUCUGGAUGAGAUGAGAGCACUGACAGUUCAGAGGGCGAAGUUUACCAUGGGCUUACCUCUGCUAAAACGUGCAAUUCAGGAUCAGGCAGAGAAAACAAGGAAUUUCGUGGGUCGAAGCCUUGUCAUUGGGGAAGUGCUGUCCAUCGCGGACACGGCCACAGCUGUGAAGUGUGGAAUAACUUACUGGCUAUUCGGUGGUGCUAUCAGGAAUCUUGGGAGCCCCGGACACGUGACUAAGUGGUUUCAGCCACUCCAGGAGCAGAAAUAUACUGGGAUGUUCGCGAUGACGGAGAGGGGUCAUGGCAGCAACGUGAGAGGGAUCCAGACUGAAGCCACCUUUGACCUCUCUGCACAGGAGUUUGUUAUUGACACGCCCUGUGAAGAUGCCCAGAAGAUGUACAUCGGCAACGCCAUGCACGGGAAUUACGCAGCCGUCUUUGCCCAGCUCAUCAUUCAUGGAAAAUCCCAAGGGCCCCACUGUUUCAUCGUUCCCAUCCGGGAUGAAAACGGGAGCUUGUACCCUGGGGUGACAGCUAUCGACAUGCUGUACAAAGAAGGUUUGCACGGUGUGGAUAAUGGUAUUUUGAUAUUUGACAAGGUUCGGAUACCCAGGGAGAACCUGCUGGACAAGUUUGGCUCCGUGACACCAGAUGGGCAGUACCAUUCACCUAUUAAGAACAUGAGUGCCAGAUUCAACGCGAUGCUGGCGGCACUGACUCCCUCCAGAUUAGCGGUGACUUUCCAAGCCAUGGGCGCCAUGAAGCUUGGGUUGACGAUAGCCAUUCGCUACAGUCACAGCCGGAGGCAGUUUGGGCCCAAAGGCAAGGAAGAAGUGAAGAUCAUCGAGCACCAGAUGCAGACGCUGCGGCUGAUGCCUCACCUGGCCACGGUGCUGGCCCUGACCUUUGCCAGCAGGUAUGCUGGGGACCUCCUGGAUGAGGACAUCUUCCAGGGGAAGGAGCUCGUCAGCAGUCGCUCCCUGCAGGCGCUGGUGGCGGGGCUGAAGGCCUACAGUACCUGGGAGAACAUCAGCUGUCUGCAGGACUGCCGAGAGUGCACCGGCGGCAUGGGUUACAUGAUGGAGAACCGGAUCUCGGGCCUGAAGUGUGACACAGAUGUGUUUGUGACUUUUGAAGGUGACAAUGUCGUUAUGCUUCAGGUGGUGGUGCGGGAACUGCUGACCCAAUACACCAAGCAGUAUGAAGAGAGACCACUCUUUGGCCUGCUCCGAAACCAUGCUGAGUCUGUGGGUGACAAGCUGAGAACCAGCUUCCUGGCAUUGAACAGGGACGCGGUUGGUGACCUUGCCUUUCUGUUGAAAGCCGUGAGUUUCCGUGAAAGGGUUCUUCAGCGGAGUCUGGUGGCCAGGAUUUAUUAUAAGGUGAUGACCCGGAAGGAAGACUUUUUCAACACCUGGAACUCGUGUCUGCACCACGUCGCUGCCCUGUCCCUGGCACACAUUCACAGAGUGACACUGGAGCAGUUCUCCCUGGCGGUGACGCGCUGUCCUGACGCAGAGGACCGGGCUGUGCUAACAAAGUUUUGUCUGCUGCAUGGAACGAGACUGGUGUUCCAGGAGCGAGCCUGGUAUUUAGAACAUAAAUACUUGACCCCCGUGGCCAGCACAAGGAUCAGGAAUCAGUUGCUGGACCUGUGCAACUCCGUGAGAGACGACGCCCUCAGGGUGAUCUCUGCUUUCAACAUCCCAAGGACCAGCCUCCACGCACCCAUCGCCGGGAUCCCCAACCCGCGGGCCGCCUGGGCCUUCUAUCCCGCCUGCCUGCAGCCGCUGGCCCGCGAAGGGCCGCCCUCCCCGCGGCCGGAGCAGCGAGCCAAGCUGUAACGGGCGUGGCGGGAGGCGCAGUGGCCCGCGCGCCGCUCGCGCCGCUGCCGCCCGGAGCUGGGGCAGAGGCCGGACCGGCACGCGCCGAGCCGUGCCCGCGGCGACCCGAGUCCCGCCGAAACUGGCGCCGCGCGUCGCUAGCCGCACAGUUAGUGCGGCGCCUUGCUCUCUCCCUGCAACCCCGCACCCCGCUAGACGGUCGCGGUGAGUUCCCCGCACAGGCGCGCCCCACGGUCGGGUGCCGCCAAAGGUGACUCAGAUUUCUGGUGAUUAAAAAAAAAAAAAAGUGGUGCUGGGUGAAAAAAUAAAAAGCAAAACCUGAAAAUCAAA